AUGGUGAACUCUUCAGACGGCAAUGAAAGUGACACUUCAACAACAACGGCAGUGAAGCCGGUUUCUGCUCAGCUCACGCCAACGAACGGUUCAGAGAAGGUGAAAUACGAAAGUGAGCCGAGUCGCUCGCGCAGCACCACCCCAACAUCUUUAAAAAUGUUUCCUGUGGAUGGAAUAGCAUCUAUGUAUUCAAACCCUUUGGUGUCUGCUGCCGGAGCAUUUUCGGCAGCCGCUGCAGCUGGUACAGCCAUGGCGAACAGUGCGGCAUUAGGCAUUCCAUCUCUGGUACGAGAGUUCCUUACCCCCUCUACCUCUGACCCCUCUUACGUCACACUUACUUCAGCGAAAACGACGGGCCGAAAACCGAGAAAUGAUCGACGAAAACAACAAGAAAACUAUCCCCGUGCCAGAAGACAAAAAAGACGAAGCUUACUGGGAGAGGAGAAGAAAAAAUAA